CUUUAUCUGUCAAUGUGACAUUUAAAAAUUGUAUCAUGUUCCGUCGUGUUUCUUUGUAAACAGUGGAAAGAAAAUAGUUUAAAAUCUAAUUCAAGUACAACUUAUUAAUAUAAUAGAUAAUAAUAGAUCGGCAAAAUGGCUACAAGUCAACCCAAGCCUGAAGCAAUGGAAGAGGAUUCUAAAAAGCCGAUAUGUUUGAUUAUUUUAGGUAUGGCGGGUGCUGGAAAAACAUCAUUUACUCGGCGGCUAGCUGGGAAAGUCGUAGAUGGCUCCAGACCUUACCUGAUCAACUUGGAUCCGGCGUGUAGAGAAGUGCCGUAUCCUGCCAAUAUUGAUAUUAGAGAUACUGUAAACUACAAAGAAGUGAUGAAGCAGUAUGGGCUGGGUCCCAACGGAGGCAUUGUAACGGCCCUCAAUUUGUUUUCAACAAAGUUUGGCCAAGUUGUAGAUCUGAUUGAGAAGGCUGGCAAGAAACAUAAGUACUGUAUUAUUGAUACACCAGGUCAAAUAGAGGUAUUCACAUGGUCAGCUUCCGGCACUAUAGUGACUGAAGCUCUAGCAUCAUCUUGUCCCACCGUAGUUGUGUAUGUCAUGGACACAGUCCGCAGUGUCUCACCCGUGACAUUCAUGUCCAAUAUGCUGUAUGCUUGCUCCAUAUUAUACAAGACUAGACUGCCUUUCAUUGUAGUUAUGAAUAAGACAGAUGUAGUAGACAAUUCAUAUGCAGUGGAAUGGAUGCGGGACUUUGAGGCAUUCCAAGAGGCUUUAGAUGCUGAGGGCGAGGGUGAGACAGAAGGAGGGAACACUUACAUUGGCAACUUGACCAGGUCCAUGGCACUUGCACUCGAUACAUUCUACUCGGACUUGAGGUGCUGCGGUGUUAGCGCACAUACUGGUGAUGGUUUGGAUGAGUUCUUUAAACUAGUGGAUGAUGCUGCAGAGGAAUAUGAAAGGGAUUAUAAAGCGGACUGGCUAAAGAUGCGGGCGGAAAAAUUAGAAGAAGAAAAACGAAAGGCAGAGGAGUUAAAGAAUAAAGGUCCAGAUGACACAGUGAUAGACAAGAAAAAGCUAAUCGAGGAGGUGUCGGGAGGUCGUGAGAUCAGUGACAUGUACCUUAAACACCCGGCCAAUGAGAGCUCCAGUGAUGAGGAGGGCACGGAGAAUGAACCUGAGAUAGAUGACAAGCCAGCUGAUGUUGCGAUGUUCAACGAUUUCAUUAGGAAACACGUGAAGCCUAAUAAUACUGGCAAUGAUACAUAAAGUUGUUUAUUUUUAUAUUAAAAAAUCUGUAAAUAUAGUUAAGAAUACUUUUAUACAUAAGUAAUUCCAGUUUACUGUUUUAAAAUUAAUAAAAGAUAUUUUUUCUUAAUAAAGUCGUUUUUAUUCAAACACAAUGUAAGUGGUAACACAACAGUGCCAAAAUGUUGCAAUACAUAAGAAAAAAUACAUUGCGAGAGCAAAAAAGUCUAAAAAUAUUGAAAGAAUAUGUGCAAAUCUAAUCGAAUUAAAAAUAUUUCACAAAAUAUUAAAGCUAUGGAAUUCGCCUAAAGAUAAAAUCAGAAUAAUUUAUAUCCGUCAUAUACUUAACACUAUUAAGCACAAUUUUGAAAACAAUGAAAUAACAAUCUCAUUUAAAGCAGCCUCCAGACACAUGAACUUCACAAUAACAUCUAUAAAAUAAAUAAGACGAAUACAAACUGAAUAAAUACCUACUUAAGUAACAUUUAUAAUUAAUAGUGAGACAAUAAUUAAAUUCACAUUAUGAAUUUGCAUUUUCUGGCUAUUAUAAUUUUAGCACAAAAUCGUUAUAUGAAAGAACCCCAAUAAUAAAACAUUAACUCGUUGACUACAGCCGACAAACCAAAUAUUCUCUUUGACGUUUUCUGGUCGGCUACGCUCGACAUUAGUGAAAUAGCCUAUUUUUCGUUUGUCGUCUAUAGCCGAACAUGGCAGUCAAAAGGUUUAACAUUUACGUAUUAACAGUGACCUAGAAAUGUUUAAAGCAGACGUUUUUGUAGGACCGAAUUGCAUACACAAAACUACACAACUAGAUUCUGAUUGACAAUUUAUAUUGUGACGAAGAGUAAAAGAUGGUAAUACGAAAUUGUGCAGUCAUAUUUCGUCGUAAUGGUUAUAAUGCUAUGUAGAAUUUGAAAGCCUGCCAUGUAAAUUGAAUUCGAACAAACAGAAGUCAAUAAUUUAAGUACAUGAUUACUAUCCUUUUUUAAGAUUUAUUUAAGGAACGAAUAACAAUGCAAUUAUUCUAACAUCACAGUUAUUAAAAUUCUAUUAUAGUAUGAGUUAAUAUAACCUAUAGGUACGAUCAAGGAAUAGAAAAUACAGGGUACGAUAAUUAGGCGUCUUCCUAUAUUUUUGUACCUAAGUUCUUUGAUAUACAUAUUUUGGUAGUAGGUACUACAGUUGUAGUCAACUCGUACAAAUCACUGGUUUUGAUAAAAUUAUGUGAAAAUGAAUCUAAAUUAAAUUUACAACACAGAAUUUUCAAUUUGCAGGUACGUUUUAUGUAUAUAGCAGAAGAUUCAUGCCAGAUGCAUUAUUUAGUACAAUGUUUUGAAGUUAUGACACGCUGAUAAGUUGAGCUACGAAAAUAAACUAUUUUACGUGAUAAGGCCCGUUGAGCUAAAUAUAUGAAUAGUGAUGUAACGAAUGUCAUUU